AUGGCGCCGCCAAAAGUCACCACCACAAACGCGUACAUCCCACACGGAUCUCUCGAACCCAUCUCAAACAAGAUCAAAAAACUACAGAGCGACCUCAGCAGUGCCGCAUCCGGCGAAUGCUUUGGACCAGGCAAACAAGAGGUUCUGGAUUGCAAACACGAUGUCGAUGUCUUGGCGGGUAUGGUGAAUCUACUAGAUACCCAGUGUGCCGUGUGA